GCGCAACCGCACAAUCUGUUUAUCCCGUGCAUGCGGUGCACGUGCUCUCAACUUUGGCCAACAAAAUCGGGAGAGUCGCGCGGUACUGUAUUAUUAUACAGACUCGCAGUAUGUCCUUGCUAAUGCGAAGAUGCAAAUUCGACGGUUACUGGCGAUACCCGAAGCUCGUGAAUCGGAUAAAGUUUCACGAGCUACGCGUUUCGUCGUCGACUAACAACUUAAUUUGGACCUGGAGAAAUUUUUCUAAUGCGCACGCGGCACCGAGUGUUUUGGACGAUAGGACUAAAAAGUUUUUAAAUUAUCUCGCGAACGAGUACAAAAACAAUUCCUGGAAGAAUAAUCACUUGAUCGAUUUUGUCGAUUUAAAUGCUUCCGGUGACUUAUUGAGCGAAAGACUACAGCUCGUAAAAGAUAUUCAGAAUUUACAUGAUUUAGGACAGCAGGAUACAGAGAUGAAAAAGUUGGCGGAGGAGGAAGAAGCGUUGUACGAGGAACAAUUGAAUAAACUUGACGAGAGAUUAUUGAACACGAUACUGACAAACAUGUACAAAGAUUCGUAUGACAACAUCAUUGUCGAAAUAACGGCGGGUGUCGGUGGUCAGGAAGCAAUGCUGUUCGUCAAGGACUUGUACAAUAUGUACAUAGGCUACGCAAAGUACCUAGGUUUGGAUUCUGAGGUAAUCGACAUAGAGAUGACCGAUAACAAGGGCAUUAGACACGUCAGUAUUAUGAUAUCUGGCGACCAAGCCGACAAGUUCCAACACGAGGGCGGCGUACACAGAGUACAGCGGGUGCCAGCCACAGAAAAAUCGGGCAGAAUACAUACCAGCGCUGCCUCGGUGGCAAUUUUGCCGGUGCCAUCGGAAAUACAGAUUGCGAUCAACGAGAAAGAUUUGAAAAUUGAGACAAAAAGGUCGUCCGGCGCAGGUGGUCAGCAUGUGAACACCACCGAUUCCGCUGUGAGGAUAACGUAUCUACCAAGCGGGCUAAGUGUUACCUGCGAGGUACACAGAUCGCAAGAUAAGAAUAGAAGCAUGGCUAUGAACAAACUGAAGAGUAUUCUGUACGAGCAGCAAUUGAACAAGCAAACGUCAUUCAUUACCGGGUUGCGGCAAAAGCAAAUGGGAAUGGGACUCAGGAACGAGAAGAUCAGAACGUACAAUUAUAAUCAGGAUCGCGUAACUGACCACAGGCUAAGUCAGAAUGGGACACUCUAUAACUUGACGGAGUUCAUGCAGGGCGGAACGGCUCUAGAGGAAUUGGAGAAUCGAUUACAAAAUCAUAUACGAAUGAAAACUCUGCUAGAAAUAGUCAAAAAGCUUGAGACACAGUCAAAGUGAUGCUAAUCUUUUCCUCAAUCUCAUUUUGAUAUAAAAGAUUGUAUAUAGGCUUCAUUUAUAUAAGCAAGUCAUUGUACAGAAGACAUUAUGAUCGAAUAUAUGUAUAUAAUACUGAUA